AGAGGGGUACAAGACUUGGUACAAGCGUACGUCCAGAAGUUGGGCAGCUAUCACGUGACCAAGCAUGGCGGUUUGUGGAGCUGUGUUAUGUUCCGUUUGGAAUAUUCCCAUGGCUCGCGGACCGGUGAACAAUUUGCACAAGGUAUAAGCGCACGAUGGAUAUCGCGAAAAAGCUACGGUCCUUCGUGGGAAGGCAGGGGUCGCUGCCGUCGCAGCAGAGUGGUGCUGCCGAGUGUGCCUCCAGCAGCCCCCAGGCGUCAGUGCCCAGGCUGAAGCCUAGCGACGAGACGACGUUGGUGCCCAAUCCGGAGGAGGAGGAGGAAGUGCUGGCAUGCAUCGAGGCCGUCUACUGCUCCGGAGAAGGGGACUUUGACUCCAGCCAGCACGAGCUCAAGAGGCUUCCCGAGGAGCUGGACCUGGCUGCCAUCCAGGUGGUGAACAAGGUUCUCCGCAAGCAGCUGGCGGUGGUGUCCAAGCGGGUGUCGGACCUGAUCCUGCAGAACCAGUCCUGGUACACCCUGGAGCUGCAGAGGGUCACGGAGCUGCAGGACAGCCUGGAUGACGCCCACUCCGUCUGCAUCCGGGGACGCAGGAGCCUGGCUUGCACACGGGAGAACCUGACAGCGGCCAGCCUGGGCCUGUUGGCAGCCUGUCGGCGACGGCAGCAGCUGCAGACCUUGCUCAAGUCACUGCACCUCAUCAAGGCCCUGCAAGAAACGGACACGAGACUUCGGGAACUUCUAGAGGAGCAAGACUACCCUGGGGCCAUCCAGCUUGGCCUGGCGUGCCACAGGGCUGCCAGCACCUUCAAGCACUACCAAUGCAUCAGCGAGCUGAGCUCGAAGCUGCAGGAGACCCUGGAGAUGACGGAGGAGCAGCUGGACGUGGCGCUGUCGCGCACCUGCUCCAGCUUCGACCGGUCACACUACAGCCGCCUGCAGGCUGCCUACGGGCUGCUGGGCAAGACUCAGAUGGCGGCCCACCAGCUCCUGAUGCACUUUAGCAGCGCCAUCCACAACCGGGCCUUCGCCAUCGUGCGGGGCUACGCGGAGACCCAUUCGAGCCAGGGGGACCUGCAGAAGGCACAGUACAGGGACCUCUGCAGGUGCGUGCCCUCGGAGUGCUUUCUGUCCUGCCUGCUGGACCUGUGCCAGGCCAUGUGGCAGACCAUGUGCAGCUACAAGGCCAUCCUUGCGUGGCACCAAGACGGGGACGACUCCGUGGGCUCGGGGGACGGGGGCCAAGAGGGCGGCGGCGAGGCAGAGGGUGACGGCAGCUUCGAGGCACGCUAUGUGCGGGACAAGCUGACCCAGGGGCUGCAGCGGGUCUGGCAGGACAUCCAGAAGAAGCUCACCGAGUUCCUGCUGGCCUGCAACAUGUCGGGCUUCAAGUUCAACCAGUUCAUACAGGUGCUGGACGUGGUGCGCAGACUAAUGGACAUAGGUGAGGAAUUCUGCAGCAGCAGGUCAGAAGAGUUGCAGCAGUCUCUCAAGCAGCAGAGUCUAAAUUAUUUCAAGAAUUAUCAUAGGAGCUGCCUGGAGGAGCUGCGCAUGUUCCUGGAGAACGAGAGCUGGGAAUUGGUGCCUGUGCGCUCCUCCUUCUCCCUGCUACAGCUUCAGGAGUUCUGCUUCCUGCGCCAGUCCCUGCAGGGCCGGCCGGCGACGGUGUCUCCCAGCAGCCGGCUGGAAGCGCGCAGGGAGGAGCGGCCCUGCUUCCUGGUCAGCCGGAACCCCUUCCUCAUCCAGCAGGAGGAGGAGGAAGAGGACCUCUUCGACCCACCUCCCUCCUCCCACGCCAACAACGAAGUUGGGGAGGUUGACUCGGACGACUCGGACGUUCCGGAAGAGCUCAAGAAGGACUACAUUGACGAGCUGACGGAGGAGGUGCCUCAGCGGAGGCACAGCAGGGUGGCGGACAAACAGCGGAGCCAAACGAAGGAUGCCCCCUUUGUCACCAACACAACUCUCAACAUUCUCAGGCAAUUUGGCAAAUACAUGAAGAUGAUGGACGUCCUGCACACCAUUGCCUUCGACGUCUUUCUCUGCAUGUCGCAGCUUUUCAGCUACUACCUCUACACGGUCUACAUCUUUUUUGCAAAAGAAAUGAGUGACUUCAGGGAGAACUCUCUGAGCCCCAAGGCACGGACGUCGGUGCAGAAGAUCCAGGAGGACCUGAUCCUGGACGGCCAGGGGGCCAGCGAUGGCCGCCCGGGAGAGGAACCGCCCGAGGCCAAGGACCGGAUGCCGGCCCCCCGCCUGUCUCCCGUCGUGGACCUUGGCAGCUCGGAGCAACUGUAUGGGCUGGCACAGCGGGUGGUGGCCGCUGAGUCGUUGCUCUUCCUGUCGGACCAGUUUGUGUUUCUGGUGCCCCACCUGGAAGCCCUUCUGCCCAGCACCAAGCGGUCCUCCGUGCAGGCCUACGUUCAGACGGUGUCCAUGUCGGCGGAGCUGCGCCAGCCGGCCUACAUGACGGUGGCGGCACGUGCCCUCGACUACGACCAGGUGCUAAGCCGCAUGGAGAAGGUGCGCUGGGACCUCCACGAGAUCCCAGCCCAGCACAGCCCCUACGUCGACAUCCUUAUUAGGGAGUUGCAGGUGUUCCUCAUGCGACUCUCCGAGGUGGCCAAGCUGAUUCCCAUUCCCAAGGAGGCCACGGCAGUCCUGUGGGAGCACUGCGUCCGCAUCUCUAACAGGACAUUCAUCGAAGGGUUCUCGCAGGCCCGGCGCUGCACUCCAGAGGGACGUGCCCGCAUGCAGCUGGACUACCAGCAGUUUGUGAGCAAGGUGGAGAAGCUGGUGGAGCUGCGGCCCCUGCCGGAUCGGGAGCUGGUGGAGGCCUACGUCAAAGCCUACUACCUCACCGAGAAGGGCCUGCACCAGUGGAUCACCCAGCGCGGAAAGGAAUAUGCACCCAAACAUCUGGUUGGUCUGGUGAACUGCGUGGCGCACCUGAACAAGAAGGGACGGCAAGCUCUCCUCGCCCUCAUCGAGGAAACCGACCGCACCAAGAAGUGAUGGCAGCAGCAUUUUUUAUUGUUAGGAAGUAAACAAUGAUUCUUUCGCAUCCG